AUGUCUCCCUCAUCCACAAAGUCCAGCCGCAAGAUGCGGCAUUGGAUACGAUUGCAGAUUACACAUCACACAACAAGCCCCACAACACAUCCUCCACAUUUUGUCUCCAGCAUCUGCCAGUGGCACAAACAGGCGAAUAGAUCCAUCCUCCUUCUCGUCACAACAAGCCCCACCUCCGACAACCGUCCAUCCAGCUCUCUCGUCCCCCGACCUCCGACAGGUGCAUCAUGA